CCGGGGGGAGGCGCGGGGAGGCGGCGCUCCGCGCGUCUGCGCCGCCAGCCGACCGGGGCUGCUGGCCUCCCGGGCUGGGCUUCGUCCGAGCCGCUGCCAUGGCCUCGGAGGGGCCGCGGGAGCCGGCGGGCGAGGGCAUCAAGUUGUCCGCAGAUGUCAAACCGUUUGUCCCCAAAUUUGCUGGGCUCAGCGUGGCAUGGUCAGAGUCUUCAGAAGCACGCGUGUUCCCCAGCUGUGCAGCCACGUACUAUCCCUGCGUUCAGGAGCUACCAGUGCCUGAGCAGAAAUUCUAUACUGAAGAUAUGGCCUUUGGAGCAUCAACUUUUGCCCCUCAGUAUUUAUCUUCCGAGAUGGCUCUUCACCCGUAUUCCUAUCCUCCUUACACCCUGGAGUCUGCACGGAGUGUCUGCCCAGUGCCUGGCUCCCAGUAUGAUUACCACCAGCCCGGUUGUUACCAAGGUUUUCAGACCAUGAGGCCACGGAAGGAGCACAUGUGCCCUCUUCCACAAGACACAAAAGCUCCGCUUAAGAAAAAAUCGUAUGAUGAGCAAAAGUUUGACCGUAAGAAGGUGGAGGGAACUAUGUCAUCUGAUAUAAAAUCAGUUAAAGGUCCACAUCAGGUGUCCACUCAUGCUGCCACCGCUUUGAAAUCAGAUGGGUGUCAUAAACAGACAGACAGGAAAUCCAGAAUCGUUGAAGACAGUGGAUCUGCCUCCAAAGCUGAGUUUGAAUUUACCAGGUUGGAUUUUCCUGAACUGCCGAGUCCAGAGAACCGUGAGAUGUCGCAGACACAAAAGCAGCCCUCUUGGGGGCCUUUGCGCUCCGCCUCAGCCAGUGUUUCUCUGCUAAGAGAAGGGGGGACGCCCACUCCAGUGGUAUCAGAGGGUGAAAUAGUGGUGACGAAUACUAAUCUGACUGAGUCUGUAAUUGAUGCUGCCGCCAGUCCAUCUUCAUGUACAAGAGAGUUAUCUUGGACACCGAUGGGUUAUGUUGUUCGGCAGACAUUAUCUACAGAACCAUCACCAGCCCCUAAAAAUGUUACUUCCAUGAUAAAUCUAAAGAUGGUUGCUUCGUCAGCGAACCCUAAAAAUGUUAGUGGGUCAUCUUCUGAAGUUUUACCUUCGGAUCCUUCCUACAAAGAGAAACACGUUGUCCAUCAUACCAGAAAGUCCAAAGCAUCACAAGGGGGCAAUCCUGAACAAAAUGAAGCCUCAAGAAAGAAUAAGAAAAAAAAAGAAAAGUCUAAAUCGAAAUAUGAAGUCCUGACUGUGCAAGAGCCACCAAGGAUUGAAGAUGCCGAGGAGUUUCCCAAUCUGGCAGUUGCAUCUGAAAGAAGAGACAGAGUAGAGUCUCCGAAAUUUCAGUCUAAACCGCAGCCACAGAAUAAUUUUAAAAAUAGUGGAAAGAAGAGCCAAACUCCAGUACAGUUGGAUUUGGGGGGAAUGCUGACAGCACUGGAAAAGAAGCAGCACUCCCAGAAUGCAAAGCAGUCCUCCAAGCCAGUGGUGUUCUCAGUCGGAGCGGUGCCGGUCCUCUCCAAAGACGCCAUGUCCCAGAAGGGCCACCGCUUCAGCCAGGUGAAGACCCCGCACAACCCCCUGGACUCCAGCGCCCCCCUGAUGAAGAAGGGGAAGCAGAGAGAGGUCCCCAAAGCCAAGAAGCCCACCUCGUUGAAGAAGAUUAUUUUGAAAGAACGUCAGGAGAGAAAGCAGCAGCGUCUCCGGGAAAAUGCUGUGAGCCCAGCUUUCGGCAGUGAUGGCGCUCAGGAUGCAGAGAGCGGCGGUGAUGACCGUGCCCUCGAGCAGGCAGACCCCUCAGCUCCAGCGGGGAUGGAAGAGUCGGGGUCCUCCGCUCCUGUGCUGGAGAGCAAGUCAGAAGAGCCGCUGGGAGCUGGGCUCCAGGAGGUGGAGGCCUGCCACCUGGCCCCCGACAGCACUGCCUGCCCCAAGAUCCACAGCCGGAGGUUCAGGGAUUACUGUAGCCAGAUUCUCAGUAAAGAAGUUGACGCCUGUGUCACGGAGCUGCUGAAAGAGCUGGUCCGUUUCCAAGACCGCAUGUACCAGAAGGAUCCAGUCAAGGCCAAGACGAAGCGCCGGCUCGUGUUGGGGCUGAGGGAGGUCCUCAAGCACCUGAAGCUCAGGAAGCUGAAGUGCAUCAUCAUCUCUCCCAACUGCGAGAAGAUCCAGUCGAAAGGUGGCCUGGAUGACACCCUACACACCAUCAUUGAUUACGCCUGUGAGCAGAACAUUCCCUGUGUGUUUGCACUCAACCGCAAAGCUCUGGGGCGCAGUCUGAACAAGGCCGUUCCCGUCAGCGUGGUGGGCAUCUUCAGCUACGACGGAGCCCAGGACCAGUUCCACAAGAUGGUUGAGCUGACGAAGGCGGCCCGACAGGCGUACAAGGCCAUGCUGGAGAACGUGCACCAGGAGCUAGCGGGGGAGCCUGGGCCCCAGGCACCUGCCAGCCCGCCCGCGCAGGGCCCCAGCUGCUCCACAGAAGGUGCCCCCCCGGCACCCACUGGAAAAGAAGAGCCGCACUACAUUGAAAUCUGGAGAAGACACCUGGAAGCAUACAGUCGAUGUGCGCUGGAGCUGGAAGAGUCGCUGGAGGCCUCAACCUCUCAGAUGAGGGACUUGAAUUUAUAAGGAGUGUGCCUUCACGUGUGUUUGCGUGUGGGAGUCAGGAGGGAGGUGUGAAGAAGACUCUGGGACCUUUUCUUCUCUCAGUUCUUCUGUGUCUGACUGGCUGUUUCGUUGGGAGAGGCAUCAUGCAGGCACGUGGCAGCCUUUGUAGGCAUCCCGGGCUGCAGGUCCCCUGAGCGGGCACUCGGCUGUGCUGGCGGAAACCUUCCCUAAGCCUUGAAGGUACAGUUUUGCCUCUCUGAGCAGACUGAGAGUCUGGAAAAUACUGGAAACAUACUACUCAGAGUACUCUGCUGCUAAGGGUACUUCCUCUGUCCUGCAGGAAGCUGAGCCAGGUCUGUUAGCGGAAGGCGCCCAGGGUGUGUGUCGGGGGUGUCCUCUCCGUGGGUGAGCCAGCCCUGCCCUGCGCAGCCAUGGUGGAGCAGGAGUGGGCCCCUUCUCAGGACAUGGCCUUUGGGCCAAAGAUUGGGGGGUAUUUGGAGCAUUUGCUAAAAUGAGCCUCAGAAUGAAAAUCGGUUCUCUAACCUGUGACCUCUUUCAUGAAUUAUUCCUCUCCAUCUCUAUUUUUCAAAGAAACUAUGUAUGUUGAAGUUCCCAACUUUGAGUUUUGAUAAUGUAGAAAUCUUCUCUUUCUUUUGUAAAUGAACAUAUUCUGAAUGUGGUUUCUGUCUCCAAGGUCAGGAGGAUAGAAGUCUACUUUCGUACUUUCCUGUAAGUAAGAGGCCUUAUUUAUUUUGAAUAAAGAGUGAUGAUUUAAUUUCACUGGA